ACUGAGAGCGGGUUCAACAAGAGCUAGUUCUGUAUCGGUAAUAUUUACGUCUGUCUUGCAAAUCAGAUGGACAGGUUUGGAUAGCAAUAACAGAAAAAUAUCAAUGGUUAAACGCAAGAAGGGACAACCGUGUGCUGCUUCUGUUAAUAGUUCUCAGGAUGGAAUGACAACGUCUGUUACGGAACGUGUCACCGAGGAACAGGGAAAUAAGAAUCUGAUCGUUGACGAUAGCGUUGAAAAUAAGGCACAUAAAUGCGAGUCGAAAGGAAAACGAGAUGGCAGUGAAACAACAAAAGACCAAGGGGAAGAAGAGAGCUUACCACAAUACAAACACCCAGUUUUGCGAUCGAGUGUUCGACCACAUAAACGUUUCAAAAAAGACCAGACUCCCCCACCAAUGCAACCAAAACUUCCAGAAAAACCAGUAAAACAAGAACCAAAAGCUGUGAAGAAGCGCUGGGAAGCAUGGACAGUGCAGGACAAAAACUUUUUUUUUGAAGCGUUAUUUGAGCAUGGCAAAGAUUUUGAAGCGAUUCAGAAGUAUAUGGAAGUGCGGCAUAAGAAAAGGGGCGAUCCACCAAAUCUCAUUAAAAAUAAGGACCAGGUUCGGCAUUUGUAUUAUCGUACCUGGCAUAAAAUUUUCAAAUAUCUAACACCAAAUAAAGAAAUGAAAAAGACCCAUCAAGAGUUGUAUGGUUUAAUCAAUUAUGGAGAAUUGAGGAAAAAAGUGGGAGGUGGAUUGAAUGAGAAGAUAGGACAAAAAUUAAAUGAGUUAAUUACUACAGGGUGUACUUUGAUCCGUCACAAAGGAAGGAAUCUCAGAAUAAAAAUGCCAAUAUGUAAGGCAUUGAAAAGGCUCAACAGUUCAGAAGGAGUUGAAGAAGAUGAGCCUACCAAAUUACCAAUGAAGGUAUUAAUAGAAUUACAGCCAUGUAGUAAUGCAGCGUGGUCUACGAUACAAAGUAUGGCUCAGAAUCCAAGAUUAAGGAUUACUGUUCCUUUAAAAAAGGAAAUAGGAAGUUUAUUAGGAUUUCUACAAGAGAAGUGGACUCCCCAUCGCCAAAAACUGCUCAAAUCACUGCGACCAUUUCUACAAGAGGAGCCUCAUGCUAUGCUAAGACUGCGAUUGCCGGAAAAUGCAGAUAUUAAGCCUCUGAAUGAACUCAAAGGAAAAUACAUGCAUAGUAAUUGCAAAACUCCAUUCCACUUUGUAAUUCCUGAAACUGGAAAAUACGGAAAAGCUGGCACACUGUCAAGCAGUCCACGGAUAAGUGGCAAGUCCAAGUCUCAGAUUGCCAAGAAUAACAAAGCCAUGUCUGCGGCACUGAGCAAAUGUGUGACAAAAGACACUCUGCUUGGAGAUGCUAAAGGGGAUAAAAUGUGCGAGAUCUGCAGGAAAAUAAAAACCGUGAACAAUAAUGUGUUUAAAGGCAGAGACAAAAAAGAAAAAGUGUGUUGUUGUGCCCUACCCACUGCUAGUAAAACUGAGAAAAUGGAAAUUUCCAAUCAUAGAAGGAAAAACUCUUCCAGCAUUGAGGAUCAUGUGACGGGUGAUGUGACACCAAUUGACAUUGAGGAAAUGUCAGGUGACAAUGAUAGGACAUCUAACAAGGAGACUAACAAAACUGAUAUUGCUGCCAAGUUGAGUGAAGAGUGUAAACUAAGACAAGGCAUAACGUUGAGAAAUUGUGAUGGGCUUACCUUCACUGAAAUCUACGCCAUGCUCGGCAUGCCUGAUAAGAUCCGAUUUGAAUAUGAUUGGAAGAAAGAAGAACCUCCUAAAGAAGCAACUGAAGGAACCAGUGGCGUUGAGAUGUGUGGUAUCGAAUCAACUGAACACAGAUCUGCUGUUGGAGAAAAAGCUGAGACAUGUGAAUUGGUCAAAACGCUGCAAAGACUGAUAUUCCUGGCCGACUCAGAAUUGUCUGAGAUUACCAAACCAAAGCAGGGUUCAAGUUCCAAUACAUCGCCAUCAAGGUCAUCUGCUUCGUUUGCGGCCUCCACACCACCAUCAAAAUCCACAAUCGCCGGAGUUAAAACUAGUGCUACAAACAAGAGUCCAAAAGAGAAUACCAAAAUUUCUGCAAAUAAAGCUGCUCAGAGAGCGAACAUUAAUGCCUCUAGUCUGAUUGCGGGCAGUGACAACUGUAGUGACAUUGUUAGGUCUGCAACGAUCGGUGAUCAAGACAAAGAGGUGUUUGUUGUACCAACUACACUGCCUGCAACUAAAAAAAUAUCUCCUGCAACGUCUUCCCAGCAGGAUAAAGCUUUUAUGGCUCAGCUGCAGUCUAUUAAUAAAGAGCCAAACAUCUUUUUACCAAGGUACAAAAAGAGAACAAGAGGAAGAAAACCACUUGUUGUGCAGCGUACUCUUUUACCACGACCAAGCCAGAAUCCUACACGUCAUAUGAUGUCGUUAUCCAUUGUACAGAACUCUACAAGUGCCGGUACCGGCUCCUUUACUCCUAUACUGCCUAGCCAGCUUGGUGUACUUGCAUCUACUGCCACUCCUUCCAAUACAAACAGAUCAAAGCCAAGGAACAUAGCUCCCUUAACGUCUGGAAACACAACCACCACAAAUACCAUUAACACAGUAAAUACGAUUGCGAUAGCUGCUAAGGUUGCUGGUGUUCCUGGUCACACAUCGCCCAUUGGCAGUCCCCUGCAGCUUACAAAUAUGGGAAGUCCCUCAUCACUACCACAAGUGAUGGGACCUGGAUUGACUGUAAAUGGAGUGUCAACUGACUUAAUGACAAUGGCUGUGACAUCAUGUGGUACACAACCACAGCCUGCUGACAUGGGCACCAUGCAGAUAUCACACAUUGGUGGUGCAUCGACAUCAGUGACCACAAACACGGACCCAUUGAUUACUAGUGGUAGUCCAACUAAGACUGGAUCUGUGCCAAUAUCUGCUGCUCUCAGUAUAAACACAACGGGAACAUCAAGUGAGAAUACAAAUCAUUUGCUGGUUUCGCCCCCCAACAUCUCUUCCCUGUUGGAUAUCUCUCUACCACCACCAGAUGGCGCUAUGCUGUCCACAUCAGCGGAAUCACUCAUUAACAUGGGCAUUGCAACGACUGGGAUUCAUAGUUUUGCAGGUCAAUUAAAUACCCCGGUAUCCACCACUAAUGCUGUACAUAGUAGUUACCUUACAACACCACCAUCACCGAAAGAACAGCUUGGAAUAGCGUCUCCAAUCAUGAGUCCAUCAACAUCACCUUUUAAACUAUCACUGUCUACACCUGAACAGCAAUGGCUAAAUGGAGAGAGAGACGAUAUCUCAUUCAGUAGCAUACUGGCUAGUAUCGAGUCACCAGAGAAGAAAGAUCGUGGUAACCACUCGUUGGUGGGUGCUCAACCACCCAGUCUUGUCAAUGAAUAUUCAAGGGAUUCACUCAUGGCUAAACAUGCAGCCGAUGUCGACACCACUCUCCAAUACAUGAUGAAUGAAAACAGCAUUGAUUACAUCUCAAAAUUUGCUGAUCUUGCUGCACAGAUAUCAGCAGCUCCUGAAACUCCAAAAAAGCCUUCAUUUGACCUGAACCGUACUGGCGAGGAUGACAGUAGUGGUAGUAAAGAUGAAACAUUUGUUGUGAAAGCUCUAGAUAAACUGUAA